CGAAGGGGCCGCGACUCGGGAACCCUUCCAGGCAGUCGCGUCCAUCGACUUUGGCGCUGUCCGUCCGGAGGAAUCGGGGGAUUGGGGGAAAAUGGGGCUUCAGGACCCCCAGAGCCGCGAAGGGAUCCCCGGCAGGGAAGGACGGUGAAGGAGCAGGGCGAGGCUGCGUGUGCCCCACCGUCAUUUCUCCUCCUUCCAAAGGACGUGGGAGUCUGAUCGUCCCAGCCUAGGGAGGUGGAAAACCUCCAGCAUGACUUACAACUAUGAAAGCCGGAAUGCCUACCUUUCGGUCUACCUGAUCACCAUCCUAAUUGGCUUUCCCACCAACCUGUUGGCCCUCUGUGCUCUCAUCCAGAAGAUUAGGAACAAGGCCACACCCAACUGCGUCCUUCUCCUGAACCUGACCAUCUCUGAUCUCUGCUUCCUGCUUUUCCUCCUCUUCAAGAUUGCAGAGCAGAUUGCUGGCCGCUGGGCCUUGCCCACUUUCCUGUGCCCCUUUAGUGGUCUUGUUUACUUCAGCACCAUCUACUCCAGCACGCUCUUUCUCACUGCGGUGAGUGUGGAGCGCUAUCUGGGUGUAGCUUAUCCUAUCCACUACAAGCUGAGGCGCCAUUCAGUCUAUGCCCUGAUUGCCAGCCUGGGCCUUUGGAUCUGUUCUUUUGGACACUGCAGCAUUGUGUAUAUCACUGAGUUUCAGCGGGACAACUAUUCCCUACCAAGUGAAUACUCCAGGAACAUCUGUUAUGACAAUUUCACCGAAAAGCAGCUCCAGACCCUGCUCCCUGUCCGCCUGGAGCUCAGCAUUGUUCUCUUCCUGGUGCCAUCCCUGAUUACCUGCUUCUGCUAUUUUGGCUUUAUGAGAAUAGUGAUCUCUUCACCCCACAUUCGCAGAAGCAAAAAACAACGAGCUGUGGGGUUGGUAGCAGCCACGUUAGCUGUCUUCAUGAUCUGUUUUACACCCUACAACAUCUCCCACGUGAUUGGUUUUAUUGAAUGGAGAAGUCCAGACUGGCGGGACAAAGCCUUACUUCCCAGCACCUUCAAUGCCAGCCUGGACCCCAUUAUCUUUUAUUUUUCUUCUUCUGCUGUGCAGCGUUCAUGCUGGAACUUCCUGAGCAGGAUGGAACAAAUCUGCAUGUUGCCUUCUUUGAUCCGUAAGCUCUUCUAUAGAGGGACUGAGAAACUGGGGAGAGCAGGCCCGCUGGAGCAGGUAUGCUCUUCCCGGCUAUGACCUCCCAUUUCUUGGAAGCUUCUUGAAUCCUUCUUUGAAGGCCAAAUGGGCUGCCUCCAGACUUGAAGUUUUUAUGUUGUACAUGUUGUGAAUUGUAAUUUUGGCAGUUUUGGGCUAGGUUGAGGAAUCUCAGCCAGCUGUCUCAUCUCUUGGUUCUUGCAACUUAGAAAUAGUAUUGGGCAAGGGUUGCCCUGACAGACUGACUGAAAAUGGGUUUCAUUAAAGAAAAAAUAAAAUAAAAUGGUGAAAUAUAUUGAGUACUUCAAAUGUACAUACUCAGGUAUUCCAAGUCUAAUAGCCAAAUGAAUUUUGGAGUUGUUCCAUUCUAUCAUUUGAGUCUUCAUGAUAUCCAAGAGAUUUUCCUUCCUUCCUUUUCUAUCUUCAUCUAACUGAA